AUGACCACGCACGCCGUGUGGACGUAUCCCGCCCCGUUAUCGAUGCUGCUGGCGUUGUUGUUGGUGCUACUUUUUCCUCGUCACAGUGCCCGGGUGGGCGCCGCGGCUCGCCUUCAACGUGUCCAGCCCGGGGCACGACAUUUUGUUCGCAGCCGACACCAGCACACGCCAGAUACUGCGGGAUCAGUACGGUCCACGUGUGGGUGGCGGCGCGGCGCAUCGUCACGAAGCACUCCGCCUCGGAAGAGGCUACGCGCCUCCAGGGAAGUCCCAGCGAAGGUCCGUUAUGCACCACGGGUGUACUGCUGUGCUGCUCCUCCGGCAUGGGGCAACACACGCGUUACUCGCUGGUGCGGAACCCCCAUUCCGCUGUAUCAAUGCGCUGAGUCUUUGGUGGAGUACGGCGAGGCCUCAUUUUCGUUUGGGGACGAAGCGGCAUAG